AUGCUUUAUGGAAUAUUAUUGGAAAGUGCACGAGAUGGUAUAUGUCUUAGUUAUGGAUAUCAUAUAUGGAAAAAAAUAGUACAGGAACUUAAUUUUGAACAUGAAUCAUUUACAACACUCGGUCGAUAUGAAGAUAAUUUAAUCGAAAAAAUAGCAGAAUGUCUUGCUGAUAUUCUUCAUGAAGGAACAUUAGAAUAUUAUAUGCAAUUUUUUGGUGAAUGUUUUGUUCGUUUUUUUACAAAUUAUGGUUAUGAUAAAAUCUUACGUGUUGCUGGAAGACAUUUUAGAGAUUUUCUUCAUUCAAUAGAUCAACUUCAUGAUUCAACUAAAUUUAGUUUUCCACAAAUGAAAUCUCCAUUAUUUCAUGUACUUGAGGAAGAUGAACAUGGAGCUUUUCUUCAAUAUAAAUCACGUCGUCGAGGUUUUCAACGAUAUAUUGUUGGUCAAUUGAGAGAAUGUGCAACACAAUUUUAUAAUGAAGAUAUAUAUGUUAGAGUUCAAGAUGACAUAUCAACAAAUGAAUGUACUCUUAUUAUAUUUCGAGUUGAUUUUAAUAAUUCAGCUGUUAAAGAAACAUCAAAACGUUUUCUUAAUAUUCCAAAUUUACCAGAUAUAACAAGUGAAACAUUUUUUAAAGUAUUUCCAUUUUGUCUUUUAAUUGAUCCAUCAAUGCGUAUAUAUCAUAUGGGAAAAUCAAUAAAAAGUCUUUUUCCUGUUGAUACUGUUUUAACUGGUCGAUACGUUGAUGAAAUUUUUCGACUUGUUCGACCAGAUAUUGUAUUUCAAUGGGAUAAAGUACUUAGUUAUGGUCGACAUAUUGUAUUUUUAAUAGAAAGUCGAAUACCACUACGAUCUGAUAAAGGAAAUAAAUCAAAUGAAAAUUCAAUAAUUCAAAGACUUAGAAAAACAAUAGGAACAACAGGAAGUUCAGCUAUUCGAUUAAAAGGACAAAUGAAAUGGAUAUCAAGUUGGAAUAUGAUUGUUUUUUUAUGUCAUCCUGUAUUAUCAACAACUGAAGAAAUGAUGAAUAUUGGAUUAACACUUCAUGAUUUAAAUUUUUAUGAUGGAAGUAGUGAAAUUCUGAUAGCAGGUAUGCAACAUGCAAAACAAUUGCAAGCAGCUAUUGAUAAACAACAUGCUUGGAUAACACAAUUACAAGCAACUAAAGUUGAAUUACAAGAAUGGCGUCGAAAAGGAAAACGUCUUCUUUAUUCAAUGAUGCCACGUCAUAUAGCUCAAAUGCUUCAACAAGGAGUUGUAGCUAAUUCAAUUUGCGAAUCACAUAAAUUGAUAACUGUUUUAUUUUGUUAUACAUUAGAUUUUAAAGAUGUUAUACAAAAAUUAUCCCCAACAGAAAUAGUUCAAUCUAUUAAUCAAAUGGUUAUUAUGUUUGAUCAAUGUUCAGAAAAAUAUGAUGUUUUUAAAGUUGAAACAAAAGCUGAUUCAUCUUAUAUGAUUGUUUCGGGUAUUCAAGAACGACCUCAACAAAGACGAAUAUCAAAUAUGUCAUCAUCAAGUGCAAGAAGUUCAGUAGGUGAAGAUAGUUUAGAAGACGGAGUAACAACUAUAAAAAAUCCACUUGGUUUAAAUCAAGCUGAAAUUGUUGCUGGACUUGCUCUUGAAAUUUUAAAACAAUCAAAAAAAAUAAUUAAUAAAAUAAGCAAAAUACCAUUUAAAACAAAAAUUGGUUUUCAUUCAGGUCCAGCUGUUGGAGGAAUUGUUGGACAUAAAAAUUAUCAAUAUUGUCUUUUUGGUGAUACUGUUAAUACGGCAAGUCGAGUGACAACAACAAGUGAUGUGGGUCGAAUUCAUUUAAGUGCAGCAGCUUGGCAAUUAUUAAAAGAUUCGACUUAUUUUGAAACAAAUCCUCGAGGAAAAAUUCAAAUGAAGGGUAAAGGUGAAAUGCAAACAUAUUGGUUAAAUGGAGCUAAAGAUGCAUAUAUUGAACAUACAAUUAUAUUAGAAUCAAAAAAUGAAAUCGUUGAUAAUGAUGUUUUAUCUGAUUAUCAUCCAACAAUGUAUGAAAUAAAUGAUCGAGGAAAACCAAUUUCAAAUAUAAUUAAUAAAUUACCUUCAUCAUCUGAUCAAUGUCCAUUUAGUACUUUUAAAACAUCUCACUUUAUUUAA